CUAACACUCAUUUCGAAAAAGGUCCUAUACAUACCGGCAUAGUAGUCGGAGAAUAUUUUCGUGGGGGAGACACAGAAAGAGUUUGCAACCAUCAUCCAUCUCAUCAUAGGGAACCGUUAUAGCUUGACAUUGGAAAACAAACAUGACGAACAACGAGAGUCCCACAUCCAAGGCCCACGCCGCCUCACUUGACACCAACGAUCCUCUAUCAGCAUUAAGAUCAAACUUUUAUAUUCCUACUCUAGCAGAUCUGAAGCGUCCAACUCUAGCCAAAUCUCCCAAUGAAGAAUCCUCGCGCCAGUCUACAUAUCUGUGUGGAAAUUCCCUUGGUCUCCAACCGACCCGGACAGCAGAUAUCAUCCAAGCGUUUCUGACCCAAUGGAGGACCAAAGCCGUUACCGGCCAUUUUGUCGAUCACUCCGACUCGCCAUUACCGCCCUUCCUGCACGUGGAUGACAAUGCUGCCAAACUCAUGGCUCCUAUUGUCGGAGCUCUCGAGUCAGAGGUCGCCGUGAUGGGAACGUUGACAGGAAACAUCCAUGUUUUGCUGUCCAGCUUCUACCGCCCCGCCAAAAAGGGAGAGGGCAGGUAUAAAAUCUUGCUUGAGGGCAAGGCUUUUCCCAGUGAUCACUAUGCCAUCGAGUCCCAAAUCAUUCACCAUGGACAUGAUCCAGCAGAUGCCAUGCUCCUACUUGAGCCCACCGACGACAAGAUUCCUCUCUUGACGACCGACCAGAUCCUGAAAACAAUUGACCAGCAUUCUUCUGAACUCGCUUUGAUCCUGCUACCAGGAAUUCAAUUCUACACCGGACAGUAUUUCGACAUCCCCACAAUUACCGCUCAUGCUCAUUCGCAUGGUAUUCUCGUCGGAUUCGACUUGGCCCACGCCGCUGGAAACGUCGAUCUCCAGCUGCAUGAAUGGGACGUCGACUUCGCCGCUUGGUGCACGUACAAGUACCUCAACUCUGGGCCUGGAGCAAUCGCCGGGCUUUUCGUCCAUGAAAGGUUUGGCAAGGUCGACAUGCAGAGUUCCACCCAAAAGUUCUGGCCACGGCUGUCGGGAUGGUGGGGAGAUGACAAGAGUACCAGGUUUCAAAUGACAAAUCGGUUUGUUCCUCGUCCUGGCGCCGCAGGAUACCAACUGUCAAAUCCUAGCGCCCUUGACCUGGCCGCAGUGGUCGCCUCCUUGCAAGUCUUCAACGAGACGUCAAUGUCUGCUCUGCGACAACGUUCCCUGAGGCUGACGAACUACCUUGAAACGCUGCUGGAUGGAAUUGAGGGUCGAAACCCUGGGAAAUUUACCCUCAUCAGUCCUCGCGAUCCAGAACGUAGAGGUGCCCAAUUGAGUAUCCGACUUGCACCAGGCCUUCUCGAGUCCGUGCUUGAGCAUCUCGAGAAUGAGGGCGUGGUGAUUGACGAGAGAAAGCCAGAUGUCAUCAGAGUUGCUCCUGCACCACUGUACAACACUUUUGUCGAUAUCUGGAAUUUCUGUCAAGUAUUUGAAGCAUCAUUAGCCAGCCAGCCUUAGACAAUCUAAGUUCCUGUGCGGUUCUUUCAUCAGUCGUCUUCGCUGUCGCUGGGAUCCGCCUCACGCCACAGGACAAAGUCGAAGCGUCCAUCAAGAUUGGCUCGGAUGAACUCCCGAACCAUAUCCUGCUGUAUCUCGCUGAGAUCGCUCUCAGGAUCUGCUGCCAUGAGUGAUAGAUUGAAUCCCCUCUGUGUCUGAGGAUUCAGCGAACUCAAAAAGUCGAUGAUGGCAUCCACGGUAAAUUGAGUCAUUGCGUAUAGAGUCAGGUUUCGAAGGUUCUUGAGUUGGGCCAGUGCUGGCAAAAUAUCCGCCGACACUUCUCCUCCGCUGGUCCAAAAGUCUUCGAGCUGUGGGAGACUGAGUGCAAGAGAUAUGAUAUGCUCUUCAGAGAAUUCAUCAGAAACAUCCUUGAGCACCAGCUCCCGAAGAUUGGUGAGCUCACAGAGGCCUUGGACCAUGAGCUGAAGGUCAUCAGCAGUGGUGUCGUCUCCAUUUCCCUUUAGCCAUAUUGACUCAAGAGUCUUCUGUUCCGACAAUGCGAGGUGAAACAACUGUGCGCUGCUGUGACGAACGGUAUAGGCCUCCAAAGACAAUCUGGUCAAUUUGACAGUGGGAGAAGCAAGGACUCGACUUAGCAAUGCUGGGCCGUCGAAGAAUUUCUUCAAGCUGAGGUCGCGAAGUUUGCUGCAUGAACUCAGCCAUUCGACCACCUCUAGAAAUACAUCAUUGUUCAUUGCCUCUAGUUGCACAGUGCCAUAACUGUCGUCGAGCUUCAACGUGUGGAUUUCGGUGCAGCUUUUAAGGGCAUUUAGAUUCAUCAUGGCCUCCUGGUUCAAAUUUGCGAGUUCCAGGAUCUGAAGCGACCUGUGUCGACCCAAGGCCUCGAACGAGAGUUUGCCGAUAUUGUUG